AACAAAGAUGAGCUCUGCUGCAUAUCCAUGAAGAAGAGCAAACUUCCAGAGUCAUACAAAACCACCAAUUUUCUCCUAUAUGAAACAUCUUCAACCGAAGCAAUUUUUCUCCUUAAGAAGUCGUUUCAACUUCAGAGCCUUCUCCUCAAGUUCCAAGAAAUGGAACUCAAAUCCGAACCCAAAUCUCAUAAUCACGCACCCAACUCUUCUUCUCAUAGAAGCUUGCAAUUCCAUGUCGCAGGCAAAGCAAAUUCACGCCAACAUGACGCGCACCGGCCUCCUCUUCCAUCUCUUCCCAAUCAGCAGGCUCCUAUCUUUUAUCGCAGUGGACGAAAGCGGAAAUCUUCGAUAUGCAAAUGCUCUUUUCUCUCAAAUUCUCGAACCCAAUGUGUAUAUUUGGAAUACAAUAAUAAGGGGCUGCGUCAGAAAAGGGUUUUUCGAAGCGGGCUUUUGUUAUUUUGUUAGAAUGGUUAGGGAAUGCGUGGAGAUGGAUAGGAGAAGCUAUGUAUUUGGGCUGAAAGCUUGCGAGGGUUUGGGAGAUUUGAGAGUGGGAGAGUUUGUGCAUUGUAGGAUUUGGAAGGUAGGGUUUGUGGGGGAUGUUGUUGUGAGGAACGGUUUGAUACAUUUUUACUGCGAGAAUGGGGGUUUGAGCUGCGCGGAUCGAGUUUUCCGCGAGAGUGAGAUGAGGGAUGUGGUUUCUUGGACUAGUAUCAUUGAUGGGAAUGCGAGAAAUGGGAUGAUUGAUGAAGCGCUGAAGAUGUUCGAUGAAAUGUCUGAAAGUAAUGUGGAGCCGAAUGACGUAACUAUGGUGGCUGUUUUCUCUGCGUGUGCUCACAAGGGAGAUUUGAGGUCUGCAGAGAGGGUUUCUGAGUUCGUGAUGACGAAGGGACUUAGAUUCAGUUUGAAUAUGAUGAAUGCCAUGUUGGAUAUGUAUGUGAAAUGUGGGGGUGUGGAAAAAGCUAAGGAGAUCUUUGAUCGGAUGGAGGUGAGGGAUGUUUUCUCAUGGACUAGCAUGAUAAACGGGCACGCGAAAAAUGGGGAGGUUGAGCUGGCAAGGAAGCUGUUUGAUGAGAUGCCGGAGAGGAAUGUGGUUUCUUGGAACGCGAUGAUAGGAGGAUACUCACAGAAUAAUAUGCCGAUGGAGGCUUUGGAGUUGUUUCAUAAGAUGGAGAGCGAAGCUUUUGCUCCUCCCAUGGAAACCACUUUGGUGUCGGUGCUCUCAGCGUGUGCUCAAUCCGGUUGUAUGGAGGUAGGGCAACGGAUUCACGAUCACUACGUCAAGCAAAAACGGAUUCAUCUCAGUACUAUACUAUGUAAUGCAUUUGUCGAUAUGUAUGCUAAAUGUGGGAGCAUUGAUGCUGCUAGGAAGAUAUUUGAUGAGACGACGAAGAAAGAUUUGGUGUCGUAUAACUCCAUGAUUGUUGCAUAUGCAUCUCAUGGUCAUGCAGGAAAGGCCCUAGGCCUAUUUGAGCAUAUGGUGGAACUCGGAUUCAAGCCUGAUAAUAUCACGUUUGUGGGCAUUCUGUCGGCUUGUGCUCACGGAGGGCUAGUCGAGGAAGGUUGGGGCUAUUUCAGGGGUAUGGAGUCAUUUGGAGUAACUCCUGCAAUGGAGCAUUAUGCGUGUGUGAUUGAUUUACUUGGAAGAGUAGGGCUAUUGAAAGAAGCCUAUGGCUUGAUAAACUCGAUGGAGAUGGAGGCGGAUGAAGCUAUUUGGGGCGCUCUUCUUAAUGGGUGUCGGAUGCAUGCGAAUGUGGAGUUGGGGAAGCUUGCUGCGGAGAAGCUUAUGGUCUUGGAUCCGGGACAUAGUGGGACGUACGUGCUGCUAGCUAGCUUGUGUGCCGAUAACAAGAAAUGGGGCGACGUGAGGAUGGCUAGAAGUAUGAUGAGAGAGAAGGGUGUGAAGAAGACAGCAGGGUCUAGCUUGAUCGAGGUAGAGGGCGAGUUUCAUGAGUUUCUAGUCGCAGAUGAAUCACAUCCUCAUUCUCAAGCCAUAUACAGAGUUUUAGAUGAGAUUUUCUUGUUUUCAAAGUUGGAUUCUUGUACAUUAAACCAUAUUGAUACAUUUUUAUAGACAUUUUCCUCAAA